AUGGCCAUCUGCGGCGGAGCCCCCAAGGCUAUUUCAAGAAAAAUUGUCAUUCUAGGUGAUGGUGCUUCCGGUAAGACCUCUCUGCUGAACGUUUUCACUCGGGGAUACUUCCCCCACGUGUACGAGCCCACCGUGUUUGAAAACUACGUGCAUGACAUUUUCAUCGACGGCCAGCCCGUACAGCUGUCUCUGUGGGACACUGCUGGUCAGGAGGAGUUUGACCGACUACGAUCUCUGUCGUACUCAGAUACACACACCAUCAUGCUGUGUUUUUCCGUCGACUCGCGCGACUCGCUGGAAAACGUGCAGACCAAGUGGGUGGGUGAGAUUGCCGACCACUGUGAGGGCGUCAAGUUGGUGCUGGUGGCUCUCAAGUGCGAUCUGCGAAACAAUGAGGAGGGCGGCGAGGGCGCCAAGAAGACGUACGUCACCUACGAGCAGGGCCUGGAGGUGGCCAAGAAGAUUGGCGCUCUUCGAUACCUCGAGUGCUCGGCCAAGAUGAACCGAGGAGUCAACGAGGCUUUUACCGAGGCUGCUCGAUGUGCUCUGGGAGCUAAGCCCAAGGGCGCUGCAGCCGAUGACAAGGAGGAGUCUUCCAAGUGCGUCAUCAUGUAG